AUGGCGGCCGGACUGAUGAAGCGUUACCGGGAGGCAGGAGAGGCAGCCCCGAAAGUAAUGUACGUGGACAGAGAUUGCUGCAGUCAGCACGGCCAGUCUCCGGUGAAGAUCAUGUUUCCGGAGUGGGAUGAGCUUGAAGUGCGCCUUGACAUCUGGCAUUUUAUGCGCCGGUUUGCUGCAGGUGUCACGACAGAAGCUCAUCCGCUCUACGGGAUCUUCAUGGCACGUCUGUCCACGUGCAUCUUUCAGUGGGAUCCAGAAGAUGUGGCCGCUCUUCGCCAGGCAAAGGAAGGGACCAGUGCCAGUGAUGCGCAUUUUCAGGCCUAUCUCCUUGAGGGCUUGAUGCGCUGGAAUGAUGACCGGAUGGAAAGCACCAUAAAAGGAGCAUCCUCCAUACGGUCAUAUGGCAGUGCCAUGAGAGAGGCUGUGGACAGGCUUAGCCGAGCAGUCUUAGGGAAGCCCUGGGAUAACCGUUAUCACCCUCCUGGAGCAUAUACAGGUGAAUUGCUGGGAUUAGAGUACCUUUACAGCCAGACCGGCAAAACCCUGACUCCGGUGCUCCAGAACCCAGAGGAGGAAGACAGGCUGGUGGAGGAAGUAGAUGACGAGGAUCUACAAGAUGAGGGGUUUGAGGAGGAGAUCAUGGAGGACAUCACAGUUCCAGUGCUGUAUGAGGAUGACCCCUGCCAUGAUCUCAGAAACAGCCCCUCAUCUUCGCCUCUGCCUCAGUCCCCAGCAUCACUGGCUGAGCCGUCCACAUCAGCUGGUGGAGAAGGACAGCUUCCUAGCCCAGCCCUCUCAGUGCCGUCACAGCCAUCCGACUCUGGAGACAGUCUCUCUGUUGAGGCUCAGGGAGUAGUCAUUGGACCUGAUGGCAUUGCUGGGUGGGACAAGGUCCAGGAUCUGGCUGCUUAUUUGGUAGGUCUUCGUGAGGCUCCUUACCUCACUGACCUGCAGGUGACAGAGGCCAUCCAGCUGUGGACAGCUCUCCUGGAUGUUGAUAAACAGCGCAUCAACUACCAGCCUCGACAUCAGCCUCAGCUGACACAUGGGCGCUUUAAGGCACCGAAGCGCUCCGGAGUCACUCCAGGUGUGGAGAGCGUCAAGCGCUGUCUGAUUGGACAUCCUGGGGGUCCAGCACAGUGGCCUAGCACCAGCCGCUUGGUUGAGGCCAUUUGUACAAAGCUGUGUGCCGUACACAAGUCCACUUCCAAGAAGGCUGGUGUUCGCACCCCCAGGUGGUCUAAAAUACUGACCGAUUACCACCACAUCCGGGAUCUGGUGCUUGGCAGUCGCAGGCUAAUGGAUGAAACAGUGAUCCAGCUUUUUGAGCUAAACCAGAAGACGCUCAUUCAGUGGUUUCAACGGAGGCAAAAGGAUCAGGAAAUGAGUGUACUCACUCAGGGACUGACUCCACUUAAUCCAAUUGCUGUGGCAGAUACGCAGCUUCCUUUGCCGAGGGAAAAAUUGGACGAGGCACCGUCAACAUCAGGCCCCAAACACCAGUUUGUUUUUCCUCCAAAUAAAGAAGGACAGGCACCUCUUCUUCGACCUGGACGAAAGUCUGCUUCUGCAACCACCACAGUUUGCUCUUUCCUGCCAGAUGCCACCACGGUGUGCUCCUUCCCACCGGCCCCCACGACGGUAUGCUCCAUCGCGCCAACCCCCACCACAGUCUGCCACAUUGCACCGGCCCCUACCAUGGUGUGCCCCGUCACACCGACCUUCACCACAGUGCGCCCCAUCUCGCCAGCCUCCACCACAGUGUGA